AUGUCAAUAAAACAACUACUAAGACGUAGUUUAAUCAUAACUCAUCCAAUAGUCAAACGAAUAAUUAUUCGACUAAUCCAAUAUACUUUAAAAUUUUUUAAAUUUUUAAAUUUUUUCAUAAAUAAACUAACUCAAGCUGUAUUAAAUGAAAGAUCAAUAACAGAAUUUAGUAAAGAAUUUGGUAUAAAUUUUGGAUUUGUAUUAAUUUGUAUAUUAUUUACAGCAUCAGUCAAUUAUAUUCCUCGACCAACUAAUCAAAUUUUUUAUAAAUUUUUAUAUAGAUUUGAUCCAUAUUUCUUUGAUAUUUGGCAACAACCAAUUGGUUCAAUUACUGGAUUUUUAUUAACUUGUAUGGGAGCAUAUCUUAUUAAUCAAUAUUAUUAUACACAUGAAGAUAUAUAUAGUCUACCGAAUCAUAAUCAUAAUUAUAUACCUUUAAAACCUAUACAAAUAUCAACAAUAUUACAAACUCAAAGUUCAAGACCAUCUACUUCAACAUCUGGUUCAACUACUUUAUCACCAUCAAGUGAUUUAAAUUGUACAGAAGAAGAUGAAAUAUUUGAAUCAACUACAUCAACACCAAUACCAACAUAUUAUUCUGAUUUUAAAUUAAAUGAUAAUAUUCAAAAACCAAAUAAAUGGAAUAAAAUUCCAAUAAUAUUAUUAUGUUGUGCAUGGAUUAUAUUAAAUAUCUUAUAUAAUUUUAAAUUACCAAUUUAUAAAACUAAAAAUAUAAUAGCUUGGAUAUUUCAUGUUCCUGUUCAUUUUAUUGUUCCUCCAAUGAUUGGAAUUUGGUUAUAUAUAUGGCAUGAACCAGGAACUUUUAAAAUUUUUACAUUUUGUUUAGGUUUUCAAAAUUUUGCAUUAAUUUUAACUUAUUUGUUUUUUCCAAAUGCUCCACCAAUGUUUAUAAAAAUUUAUGGUGAUAAUAAAAUUCCAACUUUUGAUAUGAUUUAUAGUGAUGGUCAAGCACUGGAAGAUAAAAAAUUUUCAAUUUUUUUACAUAAAGCUAUAUAUUAUGCAACACCUCAUAAAUUUGCUUCUUUCCCAUCAUUACAUUCUGCUUUUGCUUGUUUAAUUUGCUUUUUUGUAUGUUAUUAUUCAAAAUGGUCAUGGUUUAAAAUUUUAUCCGUUAUUAAUGUAUUUGGUCAAUGGUGGGCAGAUUUAUAUUUUGAUCAUCAUUGGAGAAUAGAUAGUUUAGCUGGUUUAAUUUAUGCUAUUUUAACUUGGACUUUAUUAAAUAAUUGGCAAAAUACUUUGGGGGAAAUUGAUUAUAAAUUUAAUAAAGCAAGAAAUAAUGGAGAUUUUAUAAAUGGAAGUACUAUGGGUAUGAGAUUAUUUCGAAAUACAAAAUUACAAAAUUUUUUUGACCCUUUAGCUUAA